AUGGCUACUGAAACUAGUGCUCGGAUGUAUUUGCAUGAUGGGCUUACUGCUAGUGCCGUGUUGCACAGAUGGCAGGGCACAGCAGCAGAAGGUGCAACAUUUCCUCAUAAGUGUGACAACUUGCUCAUGUGUGACGAGGGCAGGGUACCACUGUUACUUGAGUGUGGCGGAGCGCGGCUGCGGAACCUGCUGCACGUGCACGCCUGCGUGGCAGACCUGCUGGUUUGUGGCGUGGCGGCGCCGCUUGCAGCCUGGGAGUCCCGGUGGUGGCUGCAUGACCCUUCAGCCGCCGCUGCUGCUGACCUACCUCCACCACUGGUGCGGCGAGCCGUUGCCUUCGCUCAGGGCGUGCCGGUGGCGGCAAGCACGCUGCUGCUGGCACUGCUGGCGGCGGACCGGCUGGCGGCGGUGCGGCGGCCGCGGCUGUAUGCGGCGUGGCGGCGGCUGGGGGCGCGCGUCGCGGCCGCCGCCUGGCUGGGGGCGGCGCUGUCGGCGGCGCCGCUGCUGGCGGUGGGCGCGCCGCCCGCCCCCGCGCCGGCGUGGCUGUCGCUGGCGCGCCUGCUGGCGGUGCACGCGCUGCCCUGCGCCGCCGUCGCCGCCUGCCACGCCGCCGUCUGCGCCACGCUUGGCCGCGCCUCGCUGUUGGCCGCUGCCGCCCGCGGGGAGGUGCCGCUGCCAAUGCCGCUGCUCUGCAGGCCCCGGCACGUCAUUAUCGUCGCCUCCGUCGCCAACGACGCGCCCUCCAAGGUGAUCCCAUUCGUGCGCGGCGACACGAUGAUGCGGCGGGUGGCGGGUGACGACUCGGACUCGGAGGACGACUCCCGCAUCCAGGCGGAUCUGGCGGACCUGCGGAGGAGCAGCCGGCGCCGGGGGCCGCAGUCCCUGCGCAGCCGGAGGCGCCUAGCGCGCAUGCUGGCGGCGCAGCUGGCGCUGUUUGCGGGUUGCUGGCUACCGCACGCGGCGGCGGCAGCAGUGGCGGCGGCGCAGCUGGGGACUCCAGGGGCGGCGGCGGGGGCGGCGCGUCGGCUGCUGCUGCUGGGUCACGCGCACUCUGCGGCGGCGCCGCUGCUCUACUGGGCGCUGAACCGACGCGCGCUCGCCUGCGGCCACUGGGCGCCCAGGCUGCGCGCCGGCAGAACCCAGCAGCCGCCGCCGCCAUCCUCCACCAACGAGGCCGCGCUCGGGCCCUUCCACCCGCGCUUCAUCACGCCCAGGCCGCAGCCGCGCUGCGAGACCUCGCACUUCCUGCGAUAG